GCUGGGAUUUUGUUCUAUUUUCUGGGUAUUUCUGUUUAACGAAACAUGGUGUCCUAUUUCACAAUCGACGCUACCGGCGAAGGGACAAAUUUUCAAAAGGAAAUUUCUAACAUGAUGCACGGAUUCGGAGACAAUCCCAACCCGAACGCUGCUACCGUGGUUCUUGUCGAAAACGUAGUUUUACAACAGCUCCGGACUAUGCUCCAAGAGGCUUGGGCGCUAUGCAACGUCAGAGGAGGAAAGGCUAUUUCUAACUAUGAUAUUAUUUAUUUAAUGAGGAAAAAUAUCAUAAAAUUGAAACGCUUGCAUGACUACCAAGACACGUUAGAUAAAGGCAGGCAAGUUCCUUCAGGGACCACGGCGGAGACUCUCAACUCAUUAAUGUUAGAAGAUGAUAUUGAUCCUCAAACAAGAAAAAGACGGACACACAUAGACAUAAUAAAAGAAGUAGACGAGUUUGAUGAAGUAAGCCAAAUCAAGUUUGACACUAUUGACUAUUUAAGAAAAGUUAGAGCCGCGAAAUUGACCGAGUCGAUGCCCUUUGAGAAAUAUGAAGCAUACCAUAAAGCUAGAUGUAGUUCUUUUCGGUCCGGGAAUCAAUUAGUCAAAGGCUACGCUAAAUUGGAACGGUGGAUAAACCCGAACAAAGAGUUGAAGAUUACAAUGUUCGCACUUGAAGUAUUAUGUUUUAUAGCAUAUGAAACGGUGGCAGAGAUAGUAGAUGCAGUAUUUCUGAUAAGGCAAGAUGCUAAAAAGAAGAAUGGUGAUCCAUUCAGUAAGUAUGAAGGUGGGCAUUUCUGCAACCCAUUGAGCUUGAACAAUGCGGUUUACAUAAAAUCUGGGUAUGAAGGAGUGCCGGCUAUUACAGUAGCAGAAGUCAGAGAAGCAUUGAGAAGAUAUUACUCACCACGGACUGGCAUGAAUGGGUUAUUUUAUAGAAACAUGUCAUUAGAUUUACCUACAAGAUAUCUAAUAUUGUAAUUAAAUACUUAUUUUAAGCGCUAUAUGAUUAACAUUUUAUUUUAUAUUGGA